GUGAGAGGGAGGGGUGUAGUAGGAUGCUGAAAUACUAAAGGCUCGUGCCAGGAGCACAGUCAGUCCUCUUAUUUCUGUUAAAUACACUGGAAAUGUUCAGAUAGCUGUAAUAUUUGCUGGGCUGUGUUAUCCACCAUGUCCUACAAACACAGGGUGGUCAUGUGAUCACAGGCUGGGUCAGUCUGCACGCUACCCCAUUGAUUAUUUGGGAGAUCAGCAAAGUCCUCUCUAGAAGUCAAUUGAGGUUUAUCUGUCAUGGAUACAAAUGUGAUACCAAAAUUCGCUUCCAAAGACGAGGAAAUUGACUUCUGGAAGACUCUUUCACUCAAGUACAAAAAAAAUUAUAAAGAGGCACAGGAGGAGUUGCUGGAGUUCCAGGAAGGCAGCAGAGAGCUGGAGACCGAGCUGGAGACACAACUGGGCCAAGCGGAGCAUCGCAUCAGAGACCUGCAGGCAGACAACGAGAGACUGCACCACGAGCUCGAUAUAUUCAGGGAUAAGUUGGAGCAGCAGUAUUCUCAGAGUUAUAAGCAGAUCUCCAUGCUGGAGGAUGACCUCAGUCAGACUCGAGGCAUCAAGGAGCAGCUGCACAAAUAUGUCCGAGAGCUGGAGCAGGCCAAUGAUGACCUGGAGAGAGCUAAGAGAGCCACAAUUACGUCUCUGGAGGACUUCGAGCAGAGGCUGAAUCAGGCCAUAGAGAGGAAUGCCUUUCUGGAGAGUGAACUGGAUGAAAAGGAGUCUCUCCUGGUGUCUGUACAGAGACUUAAAGAUGAAGCCAGAGACCUGAGACAAGAGCUUGCGGUACGAGAGAGGCAGCCGGACGUGACUAGAAUGUCCGCCCCCAGCUCUCCGACUCCAGACAAUGAUAAAACGGACUCGGCCGUCCAAGCCUCACUGUCCCUGCCCGCUACACCUCUUAGCAAGAACCUGGACAACGUUUUCACCAACCAGACUGUUUUGACCAGCGGCAGCACCAAUUCAGCCCUUACCCCAUCUGCUAGAAUAUCAGCUCUUAAUAUUGUUGGUGAUUUACUGCGCAAGGUUGGGGCUUUAGAGUCAAAGCUUGCAGCCUGUAGAAACUUCGCCAAAGACCAGGCAGCCAGGAAAAACUAUGUCACAAAUGUCAACGGAAAUCUGAUUAAUGGAGAGAUGGCAAAUUACUCUCAUUCGCUCCACACGUCCUACUUUGACAAAGCCAGGACAGUGAAUGGCUUGGAUCCUGGUGCCGUGACGAACAUCACAACCCAACCACUUACCAACUCUCCGUCCAGCCUGGUGCUCACCGUGUGACCCACAGAUCCUUCCCACACACACAAAAAAAGAACUACUACACAGCAAUAUACCAAUUUCUUUUAAUACACUACUGAUACCGACUGUCUGGGUUACAGUGGGUUACAACAGGGUUAACAGCAGCACUUAAUGCUUUCCCUCUGCUGCUGUGUUCUACACUACUGCUAGUUAAGUAAUUGUUAAUAGUUCUUAAACAUGUAUAUACCCAUCUAAUAUAUUUAUGGUUGCUGUUUGUAUAGAUAUGAACUUAUAAACUCUGUUCUCUGCGAAUGUAAUGUCCUUUACCACAUUAUGAAAAUGUAUUUAUUGCUAUAUAUUGCUAAAUUUGUGAAAUCAGAAGGAAAUCAAUAAUAUUUGUUGUGCAACACAUUCAAGUGUGUUUGAAAGUAGAUAUGAUAUAUAUGCUGUAUAUUAAAGGAAGAAAAUGUGUAAAUUUGACUUAAAUGUGCACUUAUGUGACAGAAACUGGUUUCCGUUUUAUCUGUUUUGUAGCAAAAUCUUUAAUAUUGCUAAUGCACGCCUCAUAUUGGCCCCUACUAUUUAUAUGUUACUUAAAACACACUGGUGCAAGUGUCACAAAGCAAGAACUUGGACAGGAAAGAUGAUAUGGAUAGUUAAAGCACGUUUACUAUUUAAACACUUGGUCUUGGUAUUACUGACAAUCGACUGACUAAUAUGACACAUUUGCCUGUAAGUCUCAGGUUGGUUUCCCAGCCUUCUAGUAUUUGUUAUGAAGUCCAAACUUUAAUUUUUUACAGAUUUCUCUGGUGGAAAAUAAUAAAUCCUAUUUAGUUUGGUUUGAAUAGAUGCACUUUGUUACUUUUGCGUGGUCAAAUAAACAGUAGUGUUCUCACUUAGA